UUCAAUCCUCACUGCGCGCCGUUAGUAGAUCAGAUAGCACUUUUUUUUGCUGGUGGUAUCAAGUUUGCACACGUUUUAAGACACACAAACCUUUAGUAAAUCACGCCUGUGGGAACGAGCCGUUGUGGCGGCGCCUGGUGGACAGAGGGAAUCAUUCUCUCCUGCCUCGGCAGUGAAAGCUGCGGAUCCGGACCUGCGGACGGACGCUGCUCCCUCUCGGUGGACGAGCUGCUGUCGGCUUUCUUCGUUCAUCUUCGUGGAUUAAUUUUGAUGAAAACCUGCGGAUUUCAUCUCGCCUCAGCUGAGGAUACCUGCGCUUUACGGAGCGAGCUCACAGUCUGACACACACACUCUCCAGCUCCUCCAUCAAUUUUAUUCACUACCUGAACAAUCAGCGGCUCCAACAUGGCCGGCUCCCCGGGAACUGGAGGCUCCAACCCCCGCAAGUUCAGCGAGAAGAUCGCGCUGCACAACCAGAAACAGGCGGAGGAAACCCGGGCCUUUGAGCAGCUGAUGACCGACCUCACCGUGUCCAGGGUUCAGUUCCAGAAGAUCCAACAGCUUCGUCUUACUCAGUCGAGGGCGCCGUACUAUGGAGGCUCUCUGCCCAAUGUGAACCAGAUCAGCAACAGCAGCAGUGACUUUCAGGGUGAAUUUCCUUCAGGACUGGACUCAGUCAGAGGCACACGUCACCACGGGCUGGUCGAGAGAGUUCACCGGGACCGAAACCGCAUCAACUCCCCCCACCGCCGACCAAUCGACAAGCACGGCCGCCAGAUGGAGAGCUCUCCAUAUGGAGCGGUGUACCUGUCCCCUCCUCUGGACAACAACUGGAGAAGGGAGCAGCAGGCGUGGACGGAGGACAAACGGCCUGCUGGGUUUAGAUUAAUUUCACAACUUAACAGAACAAACUCGGACUCAGCUCUUCAUACAAGUGUUAUGAAUCCAAACCCUCAGGACCCGUUUGGUAUGAAUCAGCAGAUGAGCAGAGCCCCUCCCCAACGCAACGCAAGUGUGAACGAGGCGGAGGUGGACGGCUCUGGAAACAUCUUCUCCUUCCCCCCCCUCGCUAAUGAGGAGAGUCUGAUGGGAGUCAAACCUCUUCCAAUGCAACUGUGGGAGGCCAAGAAGGUCCAGUCUCUGGCCUCCAGGCCUAAAUCCUGUGAAGUGCCUGGGAUCAGUGUAUAUUCGUCUCCAGAUCAGAGCCCCGGUUUUUCUCACUUUCAGGGUUUGUUGAACUCAGGCGGCUCUCUGCCUGACCUCACAAAUCUUCACUUCCCCUCCCCACUCUCUACGCCGCUCGACACCGAUGACCACGCAGGGUUCCCUAACCUGAGUGGGGGCAGCAGCACUGGAAACCUGCCGGCCGCUAUGAUGCACCUGGGCAUCAGCAACACACAGGGUCUGUCCUUGUCUCUCAGUAAUCCAUCCAUUCAGGCGUCUCUGAACACCUGUCAGCUGCAGUCGUCUCUGAGUAAUCCUUCCAUCAACUCUUCUCUACGACUGUCCAACAACUCCCCCCGAAGGCGUCCAGCUCCAAUAAGCCCCCUCACUCUGUCGCCUGGCAACGACCAGCGUAGAGGACUGUCCAAGCAGCUGUCCCCCACCAUGUCUCCUGCUCUGUCCCCCAUCACACAGGGAGUUGCUCUGGAUACUUGCAAUAUGCUGAGGGAGCCGCCACCACCCUACCCACUCUACCAACAGUCCCAGCAUGCCAUUGACCAGAGCCGACAACACCAGCACCAACAGCAGCAGCAACAUCAGCAACAACAUCAGCAACAUCAACAACAACAAGAACAACAUCAACAACAACAACAGCAACAUCAACAACAACAGCAGCAACAUCGACAACAACAUCAACAACACAAACCUGUUUCCCCCCUCCAGAGUGGAUCGCUGGACUUCAACACAGGCCAAAACAUGUCGACGCUCUUUAACGACGCCUUCAUCGACCCCCAGUUCACCAAUCGCAGCAAGACCCUCCCUUACCAGUUGGACCAGUUCAGUCUGCUGGAGAACUCGUUGAGCUCGUCAGCGGGGAGUUCAGGCUUCAACCCCCCCUCCUCCUCCUCACUGCUCUUUUACUCCCAGGCCGCCCUGUCAGAGUUGGGGGGCAGCCAUGGCAGCCUGCAGGAGCCCCAGAACAUGAGGUCCAACAUGCUGUACUCCAACUACAGUGGAGGACUGCCCAACAUCAUCCUCACAGAUGAUUCAAACCAGACUCUGUCCAAGGACAUCAGCACCGCGCUCUCUGCUGUUCCUCAAUGUUUCGACUCUGAGGGGGGCUUUCGAUUGGAGGAUGAGCUGCACAUAGAGCCUCUCAGCCUGGACGGUCUGAGCAUGCUCAGUGACCCUGACAUGGUGCUCCCUGACCCAUCUGUGGAGGAUUCUUUCCGUAGCGACAGACUGUGAACACGCACACACAAAAAAAGUUUAAUCUGAACAGACUUUACCGACAUGAAUCCACAGUCAAUGUGAGCACAUUUACCUGGGAACAACACACACACACACACACACACACACACACACACACACACACACACACACACACACACACACACACACACACACACACACACACACACACACAUUAACAUGUGACAUGUGAACACGUGUUUUUGAAAACCCGGAUCAGGAUGGACGAUCUAGCGAGGAUUCCUCCGACCUCUCUCACCGACUGCACCCUGAAGCCAUGGUAACCCUAUCGCCAUGGAAACAUGCACUUCCUGGUUUUGUACUUUGAAAGACAUGUUUGUGCUCAGAGACGUUUUCUGUUCCUUCUGGAAACUUGUGACUUUUUUCUUCUUCAGGUGAAUAAAGGCAGCAAGCUGCGGAUACUUGAGGCUCUGAAACAAUCGUGGGAGAAAUGAAGACUUUGGAUCUCCUGUUCAAAAUGUUUUUAUUGACAGAUUUAUAAACGAACACUAUGAAACACUGAUUCAAAUGUAUUUUUAAAAGAGAAACAAAAAGGGCAAAGUGUUUACGAUUUUAUAAAAUAUUACUAAAGACUCUAAGAACUAAAAGAUGGAGCCGAGUGGUCGAGAAGACGGGCAAGCUCUGUGCUGCUGUGCGCCCAGUUUGUAUCUAAUGUUUGUACCUGACUUCUGUAACCGCCAAAACACACACACACACACACACACACACACACACACACACACACACACACACACACACACAUACACAUACACAUACACAUACACAUACACAUACACAUACAGACACACACACACACACACACACACACACACACACACACACACAGUGAUCAUGUGGACUUCAUGUGACGUUGUAUUUAACUUGUUUUGCACUAAUUGUUCCUCAUGAGAUAUUUUUACACAUGGUCAGUUUUUUAUCCCAAAGAUCAGAACUAAUUAAAAAUGGAUUAUUCUUAGAUCAGCUGAUAAUUUUAAAAAAAUAUUUACAGCUGAUUCUGUACUAACUUGGACUCUCUGGGAAUAGAGCGCCCCCUAGUGACCAUGGAAAUCAAUUCAGAGAUUUUCUCCUUUUAACCCUGAAGCAUUUAUUAAACUAUGCAAAGGUGUUUCGUAUUCAGUGAACCCUGUGGAUCAGGUUAAACUUCACAUCAUGUAGUAUACCCCCUGACCCCCCCCCCCCCCCCAACUCUGAACACUUUGUGUGUUUUUCAUAAUGUGGGGGUCAAAUGAGCUAAAAGCCCGAUAUGACAUGAGUCCAGUGUCCACAUAUAGACGGGUUUGUGCUCCUGCAGGAAUAAAAACAUUGAAAGAGGUUUGUAUUUGAUGUGAGAUCUGCACUGUGUGGACGAUUGUGAUGAAGAGGGCUGUUGGUUAUGAUGUUUUAUAAGAAGUAUAUUCAGUUUGACUUAUUACACAUUUUUACUCUUGUUAUUAACAUGAUGGAGCCGCUUUGCAUUUUAACUCUGUAAAUUUAUAAUCCUGCUGCCGUCUGCUGCCUUACUUCAUUUUAUUAUUCCAGCAGUUUUCACUUCCUGUUUUAGCAUUUGUCUUCUUUUCUUUCUGUUUCAUUGUUGUUGUUUUUUUGUUGUCUUACUCUUUAGUUUCAUAUUAAAAUGCACAUGUCAUGUUAUUUAAAGAAUAUUUUUGUCCACUAGUGUUGCUAUUUUUUUUAAUGUAAUUUGAGUUUGUUUAAUCCCACAUUUAAAACAUAUUUGGUCUGUAACAGAAGUCAUAGUGGUAAUCAUUCUGGUUUGAUAUAAACAAUAAACUUUAAGUCUGAA